AUGCCGUGGUAUUGGCCAUUUGAUAAAGAUAGCCAGUCGACGGGAACCUAUUCGAUUAACAAUUCAUACUUGAUUGAAGGGAUUAGUGAUGAUACAAUACUUCUUUUCGCUUUUAUACUAAGUUUACUGGGCCUUUUGGCUUAUUAUGCGAAUCGCGAACGCAAUACAAACAUACAUCCAGAUAACCGACAAGAUGUGGAAAUCUUACGUGAACGUGCUCAACAAGCUACACAAGCAGAUGCAACCAAUGAAACACCUACAACACGUGCGGGUCGUCCUCGACAUGACACUUGUCCGAUAUGUCUCACUGACUCAUCAGUGUUAAGCAUCGAAACUAACUGUGGUCAUUUAUUCUGUGGUAAAUGUAUUAUAACAUUCUGGAAAUUUCAAUCUAACUGGAUGAGUGGAAUGAGUUGUCCAGUAUGUCGACAACCGGUAACUGUCCUGCUCACAUGUUUUACUGCUGACGAAGAAGCAUUGGAGGAUAAUAGUGAUCGUCAGACAGUAGUAAAUGAUGUGAGGGAUUUCAAUCGACGAUUUUCUGGUGCUCCACGAUCAUUUCGUGAAUAUAUUGCUGACAUCCCUGUACUAAUACCUCAUAUAAUCCGACAAAUCUUUAGCCUACAAAGUCUUGCUUGGGCAUAUCGCAUUCGAAUGAUGUUCAUAUUGGUUACUGUGAUUGUGUAUGUUCUUUCACCGUUCGACAUCUUUCCGGAGAAUAUGUUCGGGUUUCUUGGAUUAUUUGACGAUGUGUUUAUUAUACUUUGUGCUGCAAUGUAUAUCAUUAUUGCUUAUCGGGAAUACAUUUCUCGUAGUUGA